GUGAUCGCGGCGCGCGGCUCCAAUCUCUUCCCACACUCGGCGCUGUGUGACGUCACCAGGCUGCCUCGGCUGAGCUCGCCGCUCCGUACGGCACACGGUCGGGAAAAUAAAAUGCUGCUCUCCGCACCGCCAAGGACAGGAACCAGCCCGUAUAACGGCUACACUCACCGGACCGGCAAAAAGGCGUAUGUGUCCUCCACCCAACAGAUGGCACCUCCCAGUCCCAACCCCACAACCAGCAGUAAUGGGAGCAGCGGUGGAGGGGACCAGCUGAGCAAAACCAACCUCUAUAUCCGCGGCCUCCACCCAGGCACCACAGACCAAGACCUGGUUAAACUCUGUCAGCCGUAUGGCAAGAUCGUGUCCACCAAGGCCAUCCUGGACAAGACCACCAACAAGUGCAAAGGUUACGGUUUUGUCGACUUUGACAGUCCUGCAUCUGCACAGAAAGCUGUUACAGCGCUGAAGGCAACUGGAGUUCAGGCUCAAAUGGCAAAGCAACAGGAGCAAGAUCCUACCAACCUGUACAUCUCCAACUUGCCCCUGUCCAUGGACGAGCAGGAGCUGGAGAGCAUGCUGAAGCCCUUCAGCCAGGUCAUCUCCACACGCAUUCUCCGCGAUGCCAACGGUGCCAGCAGAGGCGUCGGCUUUGCCAGAAUGGAAUCGACAGAGAAAUGCGAAGCCGUUAUUCAGCAUUUCAACGGCAAAUACAUCAAGACACCACCUGGAGUGGCAGUGCCUACAGAACCUCUGUUGUGCAAGUUUGCAGACGGAGGGCAGAGGAAACGUCAGAGUCAGGGCAAAUAUCUUCUAAACGGUCGGCCGUGGACGAGAGAUGGGGAGACUGGUGGAAUGAUGCUGACCUAUGACCCGACCCCUGCCCUACAGAAUGGGUUCUACUCCUCUCCCUACUGCAUUGCUCCCAACAGAAUGAUCACACAAACCUCGGUCUCUCCAUACAUGCAUUCCCCUGUUUCAACAUACCAGGUACACAAUCCAUCCUGGAUGCACCAUCAGUCGUACCUCAUGCAGCCCACGGGAACACUCUUAACACCUACCAUGGAUCACACUCUUUCCAUCCAGCCUGCUGCCAUGAUGCCACUGACCCAGCAGCUCAGCCAUCUUUCCCUGGGCAGCACCGGCACGUAUAUACCUGCAAACACAGCUAUGCAAGGGACAUACAUACCCCAGUACACCCAAGUGCCUCCUGCCAGUGUCUCAGUCGAGGAAAACGGUGUCCAGCAGCCGCAGGUUACUAUCGAGGCAACCACGGAGCACCCAGCAUAUUCCUACCAGCAUGGCAAAUGAAGACAAGCUCAACCCAUGCAGGAAUCAGCAGUCCACGUGUCUCCACUUUCUGCUGCUGUGGACAUCAAAGGAGAGACACUGACAUCUAAAGGAGCCUGUCCCCUAGUCAAUUCAAUGAAACAGACAUUAAUUCUACUGGAGACUCUUUCAAGAGUGCAAAGACCAAGCAACGGAAAGUUUAACCUCUUUUGGCAGCAUUAAAAAACAACAUGAAGGAAGCUAUGCACUCAAAAGGAGGGCAAUGAAAGCUAGCAAACGUUCACAUAUGUACAAACACACAUGGUCUCUUCUCUCUCUCUCUCUCUCUCUCUCUCUCUCUCACAAUUUUUUUUUGGCACUUAAAAAAAUACAGCUUUAUUUUGGUCGUUUGUUCCUGAAACAGAGACAACACUUUCACUUUAGAAUAGUAGUUUGUAGUUUAAUUUUUUUUCAUUUUUCCAUUUCUCCCAAUUGUUUUAAAUGUGACUGCGUUAAAAAGUCUGUUUUAGAGGUAGGUUUUUUUUGUACAUAGACAAAAGACGAUGUUUUUUUUAAAGGUUUUGCUGCAUUUUUUUAUUGAAUAUUAAAGAAACGGUUUUAAUUAAAUGUUGAACACGCUGCUUAAGAGUGACUCUAAAGCAGUUAAAAAUAUGGUGGAAAAUAUGUUCUGUUGUAAACGUCCACAUCACCCAGCAGUAUGACUCACAGUCGCUAUUUUUAACGAAGGUCAGAGUUUAUUAAUAGUGGAAUCAAGAUCACAGACAUACUGUUCUGCCUCUGUCCCUAAAAUGCUGCUUUGUCUCAGAACCGAGGUCGUACUCUUUUGAGAUUUUUUUCUUUUUCUUAUUUAAAGUGUCUUUUUCAGAAAAAUUGACAGAAAACUUUCCUAAAAUAAUUAAAUGCCAGCAUAGCAUGGUCGUCUGCA